UCUAUGAAUAAAAUUUAAAAUAUUUGUUAAAGAAAUGGUAAAGGUUGUAGAGACUUGGAAACAAGAAAAGGGAUGCCAAAUCUCAAUAGUCCACAUUAAACAAUCUGGUCGUAUAAAAGGGAGUCCAUCCCGAUUACGUCGGAACCACGCCAUUUUGAUUUAUUCUUUUCUUCUUUUCCUGGUUCAGGGCUUUCUGUUGUGUUAUUAUUCUCUCUCUCCCCCGAAAUAAAGUGAAUAAGAAAGUUGUUUUGAUACACUAGACUGCUGAAAACAAAAAAAACAAAAAAAAGAUAAAAAAAGAUGUUUGGAAGAGCACCCAAGAAGAGUGAUAAUACGAGGUACUAUGAGAUUCUGGGUGUUUCCAAGAAUGCUUCCCACGAUGAUUUAAAGAAAGCUUAUAAAAAAGCCGCCAUUAAAAACCAUCCAGACAAAGGUGGUGAUCCUGAAAAGUUUAAAGAGUUAGCUCAAGCUUAUGAGGUUUUGAGUGAUCCUGAGAAACGUGAGAUAUAUGAUCAGUACGGUGAGGAUGCUCUCAAGGAAGGAAUGGGUGGUGGAGCCGCGGCUCAUGACCCCUUUGAUAUAUUUUCAUCCUUCUUCGGUGGUAGUCCCUUUGGAGGUGCUAGCAGUCGAGGAAGGAGACAGAGACGGGGAGAGGAUGUAGUUCAUCCCCUGAAGGUGUCUCUGGAGGAUCUUUACCUUGGGACCUCAAAGAAGCUUUCACUUUCCCGCAAUGUGAUAUGCUCCAAGUGCAGUGGCAAGGGUUCGAAAUCUGGAGCUUCAAUGCAAUGCCCUGGUUGCCAGGGUUCUGGUAUGAAGAUUUCAGUCAGGCACCUUGGUCCUUCCAUGAUUCAGCAAAUGCAACAUCCUUGCAAUGAAUGCAAGGGUACGGGUGAGACGAUAAAUGACAAGGACCGCUGCCCUCAGUGUAAAGGUGAGAAGGUUGUUCAGGAGAAGAAAGUGCUGGAAGUCAUUGUAGAAAAGGGUAUGCAGAAUGGACAGAAGAUUACGUUCCCAGGCGAAGCUGAUGAGGCUCCCGAUACCAUUACAGGGGACAUAGUCUUUGUCCUUCAGCAGAAAGACCAUCCAAAAUUCAAGAGAAAGGGAGAAGACCUGUUUGUGGAACAUACAUUGGCUCUAACUGAAGCUUUGUGUGGCUUCCAGUUUGUGGUUACCCAUCUUGAUGGUCGACAACUUCUAAUCAAGUCGAUUCCUGGAGAGGUUGUUAAGCCUGAUUCAUUUAAGGCAAUCAAUGAUGAGGGGAUGCCCCUGUACCAGAGGUCAUUCAUCAAGGGCAAAAUGUACAUUCACUUCACCGUUGAAUUCCCUGAUUCAUUGAACCCUGAUCAGAUUAAGGCACUUGAGGCUAUUCUGCCGCCAAAACCAACAUCUCAUUUGACUGAUAUGGAGCUAGAUGAGUGUGAGGAGACCACGCUACACGAUGUGAACAUUGAAGAGGAGAUGAGGAGGAAGCAGCAGGUAGCUCAGGAAGCCUAUGAUGAAGAUGAGGAUACGCAUGGUGGUGCCCAGAGAGUGCAAUGUGCUCAACAGUAAUGAAUUGGAGCUGAGUUUGAGUAGUAUUCGUAUUCCUAGGUUUAUGGAAGCUGAUCUUCACAGUAACAUAACUGGGACUGUAUGGUUUUUUUUUUGCAAGUCUGCUCUGUUGCAGUCCGGAAGUGUUCUUUGUUUACCAGACAAUUUUUAUAGAAAAUGUCGAUUUCUCUGUAGGCUAUUUAUUUAUUUUCAAUUAAUGUUUUCUCAGUUAAGAUUUCCACACUUUCAGUCUAGGAUCCUCCACUCUUGAUUUUAGCAACAUGUGCACCAAAUCUUCUUUAACAAUAAGACUAGUACCAUAUUUGCAUGCAUUUCUAUUCCAUUAUGAUUGAAAACAGAAUGAAACAAUUCUUUAUUUAUUGGAUUUGUUCUAGUCUUGCAAAAUCUCCAUGAAUGAAUGAACUCCAACUUCGUUUCUAUAAAUAAAAUAAAUGAAAUUCUUUGUACAAAACAAAACUAAACUCUGCUUACCAACACUUAAUCUCGGGGAAUGUGUACCUUUUUCUGCAGAAAACGAAAUACCUGUGAGACCGGAAACUUUGGGUUACUCUUGGAUUUUAUACAUAAUCUUGCUACAACCAAAAGCUUCUUAAGCUCCCUAGCAUCAUAAUUGUUCCCUAGAUCUGGAUCUAUCAUCAUAUGGAUGGAACUGCUUAGCCGAGAUCCUUGGA